UGAGUGCGUCGGCGGAUCUGGGCUACGAUUCCCAAACGCGUCAGGACUGUUGAAAGGCAGGAAAGAGAAAUAGCUGAUCUUCAUGCAUCUGCUAUUGGUCUCCAUAGGUAAGCACAAAAGUAACAAUUAAACUCAAAAAAAAAAAUUGAAAAAAAAAAAAGGCCCAACUUUCUGUCUCUGCUUACUGCACAUUAUUAUAGAAAGAAACAGGACGACCAAUGGCGUUGAAUCAAGCAGGGAGAUCAUCACCAUGUAGUCCCAGGGUGUUGAAAUCAGUAUUAGGUCUCAUGGCAAUUAGCUUAGUAGCCUAUAUUUUGGGUCCACCUUUGUAUUGGCACUUGAUGGAAGGUUUAGCUGCUGUUAGCCGUUCUUCUUCCGUUACUACUUGUCCUCCUUGUAAUUGUGACUGCAAUUCCGAACCCUUCUUUUUCAUUCCCCCAGGUUUGAGCAAUGCUUCUUUGACAGAUUGUGCUAAGCAUGAUCCAGAAGUUGGUGAAGACACGGAAAAGAACUUUGCUGACUUGUUGUCUGAGGAACUUAAAUUGCGAGAAGCUGAGGCCUCAGAAAAUCAGCGGAAGGCUGACAUGGCACUUCUUGAAGCAAAAAAGUUGACAUCCCAAUAUAUGAAAGAAGCAGACAAGUGCAAUUCUGGAAUGGAGACAUGUGAAGAGGCAAGGGAAAAAGCUGAGGUUCUUUUAUUGGCACAAAAGAAACUGACUGCUACAUGGGAGAUGAGGGCUCGUCAAAAAGGAUGGAAAGAAGGGGCAGCCAAGUCUCGAACUCAGUCUCGGGGGAACGUACAGACUAUGUAAAAUGCGCAUGGCCUCAAGUAGCUUAUCUCGACUUGAUCUGAUGCCAGGUUCUGGUGCAACAAAUUUGUCCAUAAUUGAGUCCCAGCUCAAAAUGUGUUAGCAUAUGAAUGGAUUCCACUUGUUUUGAACAUAUGCCUGAUUUUAGUUUAGAGGCCACUGUAAUAUCUCUCUCUAUAUGCCUAGUCAUCUGAGACAAAUUGCCAUUAAUUACACUAUAAGGCAAAGCCUUUCUAUAUAUCCUACUGAGUUGAAAUUGCUCUAGUAAAAGAUUGAGUGGAUUGCUAUCAA